AGACCACUUUCUUCACUUUUUUUUUUUGUUUUUUGUUCUCCUUUGGGGUAGCUUGAGGGCAAGGAAGGAAAUUUUGUUGUGCUUGUUGUCGCAUCCUUUGCAGCAGCUCCAAACAUGGGUGGUUAUUCCAGAUGGAUUAAGCCUGAGGUAUAUCCACUCCUGGCACCAGUUGCCGCAGUUGUAGGCCUAUGCACCAUGCAACUUGUGAGGAACAUCUGUACUAAUCCUGAAGUCAGGGUUACUAAAGAGAAUAGAGCUGCAGGGGUGCUUAACAACUUCGAAGAGGGUGAGUAUUAUGCACAACAUCGUCUUAGACAGUUCCUUCGAGGCAGGCGCCCUGAGGUGAUGCCAAGUGUUAACAAGUUCUUCUCAGACCCGAACUGAAGCAGAUGUUUAAAGAAUUUUGUUUCUUUUGAGUUUGAUUUUGGUUAUUGCCAAACGUUAAAAUAAUGUGUAGAAAAUUUCAGCCGCUUAUCUUUCUUUUUUUUUUUUUUUUUGGUUCCUGGAACAACUUUAAGUUCCAAAGCAUUUGAUAAAAAUUGUUCAAAUUCUAGUAAACAGAAUUCUAUUCCAAAGCAUCUGGGAGUCUGAACUUGAUAAAAUUGUACAUGCCACGACAUAGAAUUGGGAAAAAUAAAUACUGAUAUGUUAUUGAUUGUUAGCUUAUGGCUUCUAGACAAAAAUUAAGUAUUGGCUUCUAGACAAAAAUUAAGUAUUAAUCUCCUUAAAUCAAUGAUCAGAGAGGCUCUAUUUUAUUACAAUUUGAGGUCAAUCUAGAUUAUCAGAUUGAACUUCCAGCUUAAAUUUUAUACUGUACUAUCUCAGGAGCAAUCUGACAGUUUUUCAACUUGUACUAGAUCUCUUGACACCAUCUAUCAUGGCUUCAAAUGUUUAUUUGUUCUAGCCUAUGACUUUCUUUACUAGCUAAUUAUUUUUUUUUGCCUUUAAAAUAUGGAAAAAUAAAAUAAUGAAGUAAGGAAUGAUUGAACCGAAAAGCAAGUUAGAGAGAUUUGUUGAAGCAGCAUCUAAUGAGCAGAUCAGAGAGCAUCAUCAGAAGUCACUUUGAAUUCUGUUGAAGUUUAAUUUGGAUUGAAUUUGGAAUUAUGAACCAAACACUUUU